GACUCAAAUCUUUUUCGUACACGACUUGUUUUUGUAGUGAAAAUCGUGGUUUAUUAGCUACGAUUAUAGUUCUAAGAAGCUUUCUUGAAGCAAUAUGACGACUCCAGGAUUCCAUCGCCACAGGUCUGUGAUAGCCAGGAAUGGAGGGCCAGUACCGGUGAGGGUCGCUGUGAGACUCAGGCCCUUCCUGGACAAAGCCCAGCAGGAGAAGGGCAGCACAGUUCGGGGGCUCGGGGAGAAAGCACUGGAAAUCUGCAACUGGAGAAACGACCAGGAAUCUCUCAAAUAUGAAUUUGAUGCAUUCUAUGAUAAAGACACCAGCCAGGACAAGAUAUUCACGACAUCUGUCCAGAACCUGUUGGAACACACGCUUCACGGGCAGAAUGCAAGUGUGUUUGCCUAUGGACCAACAGGAGCAGGGAAGACUCACACCAUGGUGGGGACCUCUGAAGAUCCAGGUAUCAUCCCUCGGAGUGUAUACGGUGUGCUGAAUGCUGUUGCCAAGGAGAGAGGGGCAGGAGACGGAGAAUGGGCAUAUUCCAUUGCUGUCUCCUACCUGGAGAUAUACCAGGAAAAGGUGUAUGACCUCCUUGAGACCAAGAACCAUGAUCUGCAGAUACGUGAAGACAGAGACAGGAAUAUCUUCAUACCUGGGUUGUCUGAGAAAACCAUCACAGACUUCCAACAGUUUGAGAAACAUUUUGUGCCUGCCAGCCUGAACAGGACCACGGCAUCUACAAAGUUGAACAGCAGAUCAAGUAGGAGCCAUUCCAUACUACUGCUGAAGGUGGUAAAGACACAGCAGGUGUCACCCUUCAGACAGCUGACAGGUAAACUGUACCUGAUCGACCUGGCAGGGUCAGAGGACAACCGCAAAACUGGAAACCAGGGCAUCAGGUUGAAGGAGAGCGGAGCCAUCAACACAUCACUGUUUGUACUGGGGCAGGUGGUAGAUGCACUAAAUUCAGGACAGGCCAGAGUCCCAUACCGUGACAGCAAGCUGACACGCCUACUUCAGGAUUCUGUCGGUGGAACAAGCCAUGCCUGUAUGAUUGUAAACCUAGCACCAGAGGAGUCCUUCUACACUGAUACCUACACCACACUCAACUUUGCAGCCAAGUCCAAACAGAUUGUCAAUAGGCCAUUCACCAGGGAAAGCAUUGUGAGACCUCACGUGCUGAAGAGGCCAGCUGAUUCUGCCACUGAUGGAGCGAGCAAGAGAGUGAGGAUAGAGGAACCCUGCACCCCCACCACACCUGCAGUGGUACAGACCCCGGCAAAACUCCCAGCACCUUUCCUCAGCCCCUUGCUUAGAAGACAGGAUAAGUUUGAGACCAGUAUGGUGGAUCGUCUGGAGAAGUUGGAGACCGCCAUCUUGGCCCGUAUGCGUCGUGAGUCCGUCCUGACGACUGCUAACCGAGCCUCGGUCUGUGGUACCCCCGGACAGAGCCGUGAGGUACUGCUGCAGAAACUGGAGGAUAGCAGAAAACAGCUACGGGAAUUAAAAGAACAACAGGAGCAGCAAAAGGCUGCUGCAGAGACAGCAAAGGAGAAUGAGCAGCCGCUGUGCCAGCAGCUGACUAGCGAUGUCCUCUUCAAGCACAGCACCUCUUUCAUCCGCAGGAAGAAAGUUGCUGAAACUGAGAAACCCAAGGCCAUGGUCUCACCUGUGCAAGCUGGCCCACUGAAGCCAUUGAAUAUGGACCAGGACUCACCUGAUAUUCAAUUUGUCAGGAUUAUCAAGCCUAAAGACACGGUAAAAACUAAGAAGGAAGGAGGGAAAGGCAGUGGCAAGUGGCAGUUGGAGACAAAUCCUGAGCUACAGGAAAAGCAUGCUGCUGGAGUGCUGGAUGUGUUGAACAGCGGGAAGCUGAAGAAGUUGACGUCCCUACAGUGUGUCGGAGACAAGAGAGCCCGCCUCAUCCUGGGCUGGUGGCAAAUGAACGGUCCCUUCAAACAGGUUGAAGACUUGAAAGCAAUCCCUGGCCUACCUAGCAAGACAGUAGACAACAUUAUCAAGGGAAAUCUUCUGUGCUUUGGCAUGUCAUCCUGAAUUGUAUGACACCCGUCAAAACCGUGGAACCUGCAGAAGGAUCUAAAUCUUUUGUACAAAAUAUUUUACUAUUAUCACCCUGAAGUUUAUGUGUGAGAUGUAGAAUCAUAUUACGAUGAAAUAUGUGAACAAGACAUCCAACUGAUAGGUUGCUUUGAUGUACGAUGUAUACAUGGAGAGUCAUGUACAUGUAGUACUACAUUCC